AUGGGCCAAAAGCGACAGCGCGACUCCAAGGACUCCAAGGGGCCUUCCGCCCACGCAAAUAAGAGGAAGAAGGCGGCCAAUGCGACAAACAAGAAUGAUUCCUGGGACGGCUUCGUCGGUCUUGAGGAUCUGAACUGGAAGGAAGUUCCUCUUCCGGAUCGUAUUGAAGAUGCUGGUGGAUUCUUUGGUCUGGAAGAAAUUGAGGGGAUUGAUAUUGUGCGACCAAAUGAUAAUGGAGAGGUUCGAUUCAGGGCCAAGCCCGGCACGAAGAAAGAAUCGAUAUUGAAAAAGAAAGCGCCGGAGGAAACCGAAUUUGAUGAUUGGGAUGGUUUUAGCGACGGCGAGGCCGAGACACCGAAUGAGAAUGCGACUCCUGCGGACGAGAACGAAAGCGAAAGCAAGGAACCGGCAUCAAAGAAAGAGUUAAAGAAGGAGAACAAGAAAGAGAACAAGGAUAGCAAGAAGGACGAUAAGAAGGAACAGAAGGAAAAACCCGCCAAAAAGGAUCAAAAGGAGAAGAACGCGAAGAACGAACAAGACAACGACAUCAAGCCAGGGCUUUCCUUCGCAGCUUUGGAAGAAGAAGAGGAGGAUGAUGGCGUGGAUAUCUCGGCCUGGGAAUAUCUCGGACUGUCGCCAGAAAUUCUUACCGGACUCUCGAAGAUGAAGUUUGCGAAACCAACGUCGGUUCAAGAAACGUGUAUACCUCAAAUCCUAGAAGGACAUGAUGUUGUUGGAAAGGCGUCUACGGGAUCCGGGAAGACAUUGGCAUUUGGAAUUCCCAUUCUGGAACACUACCUGGAGCGGAUGCGAAAGAACCUGAAGAAGAAGUCCGGGGAGAAGUCUGAGAAGGCAACUCAUCCGAUUGCACUGAUUAUGUCACCUACCAGGGAAUUGGCGCAUCAGCUGUCGAAACAUAUCAGUCAACUGUCCUCACUAACCCCAAGUGCUGAGCCCAGAAUUGCUCUUUUGACCGGUGGUCUGUCGAUGCAGAAGCAGCAACGUUUACUGGCCGGCGCUGACAUUGUCAUCGGUACGCCUGGUAGAGUGUGGGAGAUUCUCAGCACUGGACAAGGCUUGAUCCAGAAAAUGCAACAGAUCAAGUUCCUAGUUGUUGAUGAGGCCGAUCGACUGCUCAGUCAAGGUCACUACAAGGAAUUGGAAGAGGUCCUGGACGCUUUGGAUCGCGUGGAGACGUGGGAAGUGCCGGAAGUCGAGGAUAAAGAAGAAUCUGAUGAGAAAAAGGUCAACCCGAUGGCAGAGAGACAGACUCUGGUUUUCUCCGCUACAUUUCACAGAGACCUGCAGCAGAAGCUAUCAGGAAAAGGCCAGUGGAGAGGAGACGAUUUGAUGGACAAGAAAGAGUCCAUGGAAUAUCUUCUGAAGCGGCUUCAAUUCCGUGAAGAAAAGCCGAAGUUUAUCGAUGUGAAUCCUAUCUCGCAGAUGGCCGAGAAUCUCAAGGAGGGUAUUGUCGAAUGCGGACCGAUGGAGAAGGAUCUCUUCCUCUACACUCUCCUCCUAUACCACCCCAAGCACCGCACCCUGGUCUUCACAAACUCCAUCUCCGCCGUUCGCCGACUCACCCAAUUCCUCCAAGCUCUCCAACUCCCAGCCCUCGCCCUCCACUCCUCCAUGGCCCAAAAAGCCCGUCUCCGCUCUGUCGAACGAUUCUCAUCUCCCUCAUCUGAUCCCAGCUCAAUCCUGGUAGCAACCGACGUCGCCGCCCGUGGUCUCGAUAUCAAGGGAAUCGACUUCGUCAUCCAUUACCACGCCCCUCGCACAGCAGACGCCUACGUCCACCGAUCCGGUCGUACAGCCCGUGCUGGCGCAGCCGGUAAGAGUGUUAUCAUCUGCGGCCCGGAAGAAAUGGUUGGCGUUGUCCGUCUCGCAGCAAAAGUACACACGAACAUGGCGCAGAAGAACGGCCAGCCACCCAAACGUCUCCCGCUUGAAUCCCUCGAACUCGACCGCCGGAUCGUCAACCGCGUGAAACCACGCGUCAACAUCGCGGCGCGUAUCACGGAUUCUCAGAUCGCGAAGGAGAAGGUGUCCGCAGAGGAUAACUGGCUACGCAACGCGGCCGAAGACCUUGGCGUCGAAUAUGACAGCGAGGAAUUUGAAAAGAGUGCAGGUCGUGGUCGUGGCCGUGGGCGCGGCCGUCACCAGCGCGAGAAAGAAGUUGGGAGUAUCACGAAGGCCGAGUUGGCGGGGAUGCGGGCAGAGUUGAAAGGUUUGCUGUCGCAGAGGGUGAAUGUGGGUGUUAGUGAGAAAUAUCUAACGUCUGGACGGGUCGAUAUCGAUGCUUUGCUAAGGGGAGAAGGAAAUGCUGCGUUUCUGGGACAGGUGGAUCCGUUGGGAUUUUGA